UGCUCAAAAAUUCAGACCUUAAGACUAAUUUAAUUUCUGGAUUUGUACACAUUGGUGCAUCACCGGAGGUUACAGCACGCAAUGCAGAGAUGAAAUCAUUCAAUCAAGACAGCUUGAAAUCAGCAAAAUCUCUUCGCCCUGCUGAUGGCGAUGAUGUGAGUGGCAUGGAUAAUGACUGCAAACAAUGGGCACUAGUAUUGUGGAAUUACCUUCGAUUGGGUCAACCUCUUGUAAAGAGUGACGUAAUAAUAGGUCUGGGGUGUCAUGACGUUCGGGUGGCUGAAAGAGCUGCAACCCUUUACCUGGAAAAUUGGGCUCCAUGGAUACUAUUUACUGGCUACCUAGGAAACCACACAGUAGGAGUAUGGCAUCAACCAGAAGCAGAUAUUUUUGCUGAAACUGCCAUUAAGUUAGGUGUGCCAGCUGACAAGAUCAUACUGGAAAAAAAAGCCACUAAUACGGGCGAGAACAUAAGAUUUGCAUAUCAAACGCUGAAGGACAACAACAUUCCAGCGAAGAAAAUUAUUCUAGUUCAACAGCCUUUUAUGGAGCGUCGGGUUUAUGCUACCUACCUUAGGCAGUGGCCAGAUGACAAAGAAAAUGUACAGGCCAUAGUCACUUCUCCAAUGAUGGAACUGGAUGAAUACCCAAACAGUCAAGUGGGUAACAUGGACCACUUAAUUGGGUACAUGUUAGCUGUUCUGGAACGAAUUCGCGAUUACCCGAAGAAGGGUUUUCAAGUAGAGCAAGAAAUAUUUCCUGAGGUUUAUGAUGCCCAAUGGAAGCUACUGCAAGCUGGUUACCAACCAAAAUAAACUGAUUGAAUACCAGAAAAAAAACGGCUGACCCUGAGAGACCCUAGUAUUCCGAGAUUUAGGACAAGGUAUAUCCUUCCAUUAAAGGAGAUGGCUCAUCCAUAGAACCCCUUCAAAGAAAUGAAGUGGCAAACAUACUUAAGAUUUCCUUCACACAAUAAUAUGAAGUGGUUGGAUUAAUGCUUGUAACAUUGCUAAUACUGGUGUCACUUAGUGUUUAUUUAAGUCCUUUUAUUCUGCUGGAGACAGCGAUUCUGACAAACAGAAACACACAGUCAUGCUAUCAGAUCAAAAGGAACCACUCCAAGCAGACAGAUCAAAUUUAAGAAAGGAAAACCUCUGAUUUGUUACUGUGACUUUUCAUUUCACUGUCAAUCAUUAAGGAAUGAUUGUGCCAAUUGUCAAAAUGAUGUUUUGUACACGAGGAUGUGGAGUGUAAUUGUAUGGGUCAAGUAGAAGGAAGAAUCGAAUCAUCACAACUGUUACAAU